UUAAAAAUGGCUUUUCCUUUGUCUCCUCACUCUCAGCAAUCUUCAAAGAAGCACUUCCUUUCAACCUUAACCAAAACCUCCUUUUUCUUUUAAUCCGUUUCUCCAUCUUUCUCAGUGCAAACUUUCUUAGUUUCCCUCUUUAUUCCUUAUCUUACUCUCUUUUCCAAUCGCUUUUUAGUCAACACUUUCCUACUGGUUUCAUCCGUUCCUCUACCAGUUUACACCCAAAAGAGUAGUGAACAAGAAAAGGAAAAAAUAUAGAGUAAAAGAACCAUCUUUAUUCGCUUAUUCCCUUCUAUACAUACAUAUUCAUAUUACCCUUUUGGUGGUUAAAUAUGGGGUUCUCGGAGAAGCCACAAGUGGAAGAGUCAGAUGGUACUAGAAAAUGGGUCAUCGCUGGAAUCUCUUUGCGAGCGCCAUUGAAGCCAAUAUACACCACUACUGUAGAGAAAAAGGAAGAAGAAGAAGAAGAAGAUGAUGAUGAAGGUGACGUGGCAGACUCUUCAACAACACCAAAGGGGGAAGAAGCAAGAAUUCCAACCGCGUUGAAGUGUCCACCAGCUCCUAGGAAGAGAAAACCUUCUUUGAAGUGCAACUAUCGUAGCGGAGCGAGAGAAUUCUUCACUCCGCCGGACUUAGAAACUGUGUUUAUACGCCAUGUUGAAAGGGCUAAUUGAUCGUAUAGAGGUGGGAACAGUAACCUUCACCAACCUUAAUUGGCUAGUUUAGAGCUAGCUAGAACUAAUUUAUUUAGUUUUGUGUAACUUGUUACUAUAAUAUUGUAUUAAGUCGUUUCAUGUCUGUGUUAUUAUUCUAGCUAGCUAGAACUUAAAUUCAGGAGUUUAGAGAGGAGGUAUUUGUAAAAUGAUCUGAAUAAAAAUGACCUAUUUGCUUGCAUUGCA